AUGAGAAGUUUCCGAUUUCUCUCACUUUUCUUGCUUUUCUUCAUCUUUACUCAAGCAAAUACACAUGGAGGGAAGAAAAAAGAGGCACUGGGGUCACAGCAACAGCACACUAGAAUAAAGAAAAAUCAACCCAGCUCAGCAACCAAAUUUAGACUCUAUACAGACACAACUGAAGAAGGCUGUCUGAUUUUGUUUGAUCAGUUGGAAACGCUUGACAAAUGCAGUUUCAAUACCUCUCUUCCUCUGGUGAUGAUAGUCCAUGGAUGGUCGGUAGAUGGAAUGUUAGAAGGGUGGAUCUGGAAGAUGGUAGCAGCCCUGAAAUCUCAGCAUAAACAAACAAAUGUGAUUAUUGCAGACUGGCUUACACUUGCUCACCAGCAUUAUCCUAUAGCAGCACAGAAUACACGCCAUAUAGGGCAAGAGAUAGCAGAUUUCCUGGAAUGGCUGGAGGAAUCUGUUCAAUUUUCCAGAAGCAAUGUUCAUCUAAUUGGGUACAGCCUAGGAGCUCAUGUUUCAGGGUUUGCUGGCAGUUAUAUUAGUGGCACAAACAAGAUUGGAAGAAUUACAGGCCUUGACCCCGCUGGUCCUUUGUUUGAAGGAAUGUCACCAACAGACCGUUUAUCUCCAGAUGAUGCAAACUUUGUAGAUGCAAUUCAUACAUUUACUCAACAGCACAUGGGUCUCAGCGUAGGGAUCAAGCAGCCAGUGGCACAUUUUGACUUUUAUCCCAAUGGAGGCACCUUUCAACCUGGCUGCCACAUCAUGCAUAUGUAUAAUCACAUUGCACAGUAUGGAAUCACUGGGAUCACUCAGACAGUGAAAUGUGCACACGAGAGGUCGGUUCAUCUGUUCAUUGAUUCUCUACUGCAUGAUGAUAAGCAAAGCAUGGCCUACUGGUGCAACGAUAUCCACACCUUUGACAAAGGAAUGUGCCUCAGUUGUAGGAAAAACCGGUGCAACACCCUGGGCUACAACAUCAGAAAGGAGAGGCUCCAGAUAAACAGACGGCUCUUUUUGAAAACACGAGCACAUGCGCCUUUCAAAGUUUAUCAUUAUCAAUUCAAGAUACACUUCAUCAAUGAAAUACAAGAGAAGCAGGUAGAACCAACUUUUACUGUAUCUCUGACAGGCACUAAAGAAGAUGCUGAAAAUCUCUCCAUCACACUCCUUGAAGGCAUUACAGGAAAUAAAACCUAUUCCUUUCUCAUCACUCUGGACAUCGACAUUGGUGAGCUAAUGAUGAUCAAAUUCAAAUGGGAAGGAACUGCAGUUUGGGAAAAUAUCUGGGACACAGUUCAAACUAUCAUCCCCUGGACAAAGGACAACCGUCGACCAGGACUUAUUGUAAAGACAAUAAGAGUCAAAGCAGGAGAAACACAGCAAAAAAUGACGUUUUGCUCUCAAAGUGUUAACAACGUGCACCUGCAUCCAGCCCAAGAGAAAACUUUUGUGAGGUGUCCAAACAGCUCUCGGAGGCUAAAGAGAAAAUUCAAAGUAACAAGAACAUGA